GUUGAUGCACCGACUCUGGUUGUUGAACCAGAAAGAUGCAGCGAUAACAAAGAAUGCCAUAUGCUUUUUAACAAAGAACUAAUUUCUGGAAUCGCCAUGGUUGCUUAGGAAUUUUAUACAUCUACAAGAAGUUGGACCAUGGAACUACGUCGGAGGGCCAAGGAUGUAUUACAGUGUCAUCUAUGCGAGAGCCCGGACCCCCCUAUGUACUGUGACAUAUGUCAAACACACUUGUGUAAACCUUGUGUAGGCGAACACAUCUCUGAUGAAUCAAAGAAACACAAAGUCGGAGUGUUCAAAAAGCAGGAAAAGCAGGGGUCUCGUGCUAAAUAUAGAAAAUGUUCCCCCAAUGAACAUGAAGCUGAAACAAGCAUCAUAGAAAGCCAAAGACAAGUGAUAGAGAAAGAUUUACAAGAGUUGGAGAAAUGCAUUUUACCUAGAUAUCAGGUCAUGGCAUCCAACUUCCCUAUACAAAAAGAGGAGCUUCAAAAUAACUCUCAGAAAUUGAAAAAUGCUAUAGAUAAAAGAAGAGAAAACUUGCAAAUAAAAUUAUCAACCAUUUGUUUGAGGCUGAAGUUAAAUCUUCAUAAGAUGGAUGCCAAAAUCUUGGGUGCCUUAGAUAGACAGGAAGAGGAAAAUAACAAGGUCAUUUCAGGCAUCACAACUAACAUUGAAAAUAUGAAGAAAAUUUUAAAUUCCAAUGAUGAAAGACUGUUCUCUAAAUACAUAUCAAAAAAUUCUGAAUUAAAAAAUGUACCACCCAUGCUCAAUAUAUCUCUACCAAAAUUCACCCAUCAUCAGAUUGAGAAGGAGAUUUUUGAGUUUGGUUCGCUGUCAUCAUUUAAAUUUAGCUACAGACUAGAUUCUCCAUGGGCGGAGUCCUCUCUCCAGUACAGACCACUUAUCAAGGAACCACGUGUCAUCAAGCAGAUGGACACAGAAUAUGGAGAUACAAAUCUGCUGCAUACUUUGUCUUGUCUGUCAUCUCAGAAUGAUGAAAACACACAUAUCUGGACCUGUGGUGAUGACGAGAAACUACGGCUUUACAACCUCCGGGGGGAACUGGUCAAGUCAGUCCCAACAAAGUCGGGAAACCGGCCGUGGGACGUAGCUGUCACCAAGAGUGGAGUUCUAUUGUACACAGACUUUAAGGAGAAAACUGUAAACAUUGUAAAAAAUUUACAUAUUCAGACAGUAGUCAGAUUACCGCGGGCGUGGGAACCAGUCGCACUCUGCGUGUCCUCCACUGGUGACCUGCUGGCUCUCCUUGACUGUGAUGACAAGGAUGAAACAAAAGUCGUACGAUACGCAGGCUCAGAAGAGAUACAGAGUAUCCAGUACAACAGCAUCGACGGAGAACCUCUAUAUCCCUACACUGCUUGCCAUACACACAUCUGUGAAAACGGGAACUUGGACAUCUGCGUAUCCAACUGUGGAUCUGGUACAGUCGUUGUGGUGAACCAGGCAGGGAAACUAAGGUUUACAUACACCGGUACUCCCUCAACUAUAGAGGAACCAUACAUGACCUGGUUCAACCCAUACGGCAUUGCUACAGACAGCCACAGCCGUAUACUCGUGGCAGACUGUAGUUCUAGAAACCACCCGUACCGUAUCCACAUCCUGGACCCUGACGGACAGUUCUUGCGAUUUAUCGACAACUGUCAAUUACAAGGCCAAAUGAGUCUCUCUGUAGACAAGAACGACAACCUUUAUGUGGCCGAGUGGGAAUCGGGUAAAAUAAAGAAAAUUAAAUAUUGCUAGUAAAGCUAACCACGUGGGAACACAUAGAAUAUAUUAACACUGUUGUUUUAUCUCGGCCUGAGUGGCUGGUAGCACCACACAUCCAUUAGGUGUGGGCAGCAAACACCUAGGGGCUGAUACCAGGGUUAAUAUCAAAUCAUCAGUGUGAUGUCGUUGAUAUUAUAUAUCCAAAGAAAAGAUUAUUUUUUUUUGUCAAAUUAAAAUUUCUUUUAGUAAGAACUAAAACUUACGGAAGCUAAAAUUGAAAUGUUUUUUUGGAUUUACAAAAUUCAUUUAUUUUUUUUUCUUAUUAAAUACAUACCCUUUUCUGGGCAGCAAAAGUUGCCAGACAAACCAUCAUCAUUUGAUAUUUAAAGAAGUGGGUCUAAAACAUGAACUAUUAUAGAAUCUGCCCUUAGCAACUGUGUAACAGUUCCUUUGCUGGAAUUUUUUAUAUCUUCCCUUGGAUUCACUACACAGAAACCUAUUCUAUUGAACGAAUUGUUACAGAAUAUUCAUAAGCGUGUUCAUACUUUUGACCACUUUACUAUCCAAGUCGGGGCAUUUUUUCAGUGCUUUUUUUACCUCAAUUUUAACUUCGAUUAAUAUUAAAAUUUAAAGCAUGCUAUUGUUUUCAAUAUACACUGUUGCAAGGAUUACCUCCUCUUGAUAUUUUUAAAAUUUGUACUAUUUAAAAAAUUUUUUUUUUCCAUUUUCAUCAACAAAUCUUAUUAUGUCUAAAUACAUACACUAGAAAUGUCACUUGUGUUGAAUUAAAGAUUUUAAAUGUGAGGGUAAGACGGCCCCUUGACGGUGGGCUGAGAAAGAGAUAUCAUGCCCGAAGGCGAUACAGCCAUGGCUUCAGGAUGCUGUAAAUUGUAUUGAAGCUGAUGCACCACUAGUUAGUAGCCAUUGAUAUUUAAACUUACCAUAAUCAUUUGGUACAGGUAUCCAUUACCAGUCGUUACAUUUAGUAACUUAAUUGUAAAUAUAGUGAUAUAUAUAUUUUAUCAGUUUGCAUGUGUAUCUAUCAUGCCAAAAUACAUUUUUAUUGCAUGUAAACAAUAUAAUUAUGUAUUACAUUUGAAUAUACAUCAUUACAUCAUGUACAGAUGA